GAUAAAAAUACAGGCGAUUAACGAUGAAGAAAGAUAUAUGUCUUUUUAAACGAUGUGUAAACUACAUAGAUGUAGAAGUUGUGAAAAAAAUAUAUUACAUACAUAUAAUAAUUGUUACAUUUACAUUUAAUUUAGCCAUUUCUUCAGUGGCAGCACUGGUAUGAAUGUGUUAUAUGUCAAAAACAGUCAGCGUUUACAAGAUGAGGUUUUUAUACAGCAUAUCGCUUGAUAUUCGGUAAAUUUUAGAAAAGGUUGUCUUACGUUACAAAUUUUAUAAUAUAUAUACCGUAAUGCGUAUUAUCGUGAUGUCAACUGUAUAUGCGAAAAGAAAGGAAUUACUUUAUGCACGUAAUAUCCCAUGUUCUAAGGGAUUUUAAUAAUUCAAGUGUUAUGCUAACUCGUUUACUGUUGACGUACAGCAUUCCUGGGUAAAUCGGUAUCGUUUUCUUUUAUUCUAUUCAUGACUUUUGAUCCGGAUACAUAUGUACGCUAUAGAACAUAACCUACUUAUAACAAAUUAGGAGCAGAAAAUUUGAUAAAAUGAUUUUUCUACUAUUCGUUUUUUUUACACAACAGUGUUUACAUUUAUUUCUGCAUGUCAUUUCGAAAAGUUUAUUUUAGAUAUCAUUACUUAUAUAUACAUGUACAUAUCUUUUGAAGCGACUACAUUUAACAUAGUACAUUUAAGCGAUGUACUUACAAUUACUAAUUUUAUGUAGAAGAUAACUCAAAGGGGGAUUAAAGUUGUAAAUUUAUAUACGUACGUGUAAAUAAUAUGUUCCAUAUUCUUUAUUCUUGUUACUUGCAGCUCGCAAUGAUAUACAUCGUGUAGUUUUCCACGAAUAAUAAUUAAUAAUUCAAGUUGAAAAAUUUUCACCGACAAUGUAAUUACCGACAAUAUCAAUUAUGGUUUCAGUGAUUCUUUCUAAGGGAAUGAGGAAUUUGUACCGUGUUUUCAAUUAUCUUGGAAAAGUGGCAGGUGCCAGUUAACAAUAUUUCCAAUCAUUAUGGAAAACCAGAAUCAGCAUAGUCAAACUUAUCAGACGCAUCAGUCAUUUUGGAAAAAGAAUACGCGUGCUGUUCCAGGCAGACCAAGCCCCAAACAAGAUGGUAAACUUGGCAAAGUAGGUACUACAAAUCUUGCGCCUGGUUCAACCAAUGCAGUGUCUACUAGUAGCGGAGGCGUAUCUGGAAGUAGCGGUGGUUGUACGUCGUUUCAGGAUUUUCAAGAAAGUAUAGACGAUGCUUGGGAUUCGGGUGACGACGAAUUUUGUACCGUUUCCGAUGUAAAGAUAUCGAAACGUGUCAGUCAUUCUGCUGCUAUUAGCGUUAUUAACAGUCAUCGGUCAAGAAAAUCGUGUAUAGAGUCAGGAAUAUCCGUAAAACCUCAACACCGUGUACAAGAAAUUAUUCCUGAAGAGAAAAGGGCAGAGGCUUUGCAAAGAUUAGCCGUUCAGCCAUUGCAUUUACGAAAUGCUAAUUUGUCGAUGCAUUCUCAAAUGAACAACAGUCAACAUUCCACCGAAGAUACGGAUGUAAAAUAUGGUGCUUCCCCUCAACAUAAACCGACACAAUUUCCUGGUAGGCCACAACCAUUGAGACAAGCGAACGCGCCUUCGAAAUUUUUUAUACCUUCUAAAGAACAAGAUGGCGAAAGUAAAGUAGAUAAAUUUCAAUCUCUUUUGGAAGCUUCUGUGUUAAAUUUAGACGAAUUAAGACAAUUGUCCUGGUCAGGUAUACCUGCAAGACUGCGUUCUGUUACUUGGAGGCUAUUGUCUGAAUAUUUGCCAGCUAAUUUAGAACGAAGGCAGCACGUAUUGGAACGUAAACGCGUAGAUUAUUGGAAUUUAGUGAAACAGUAUUAUGAUACAGAAAGAGACGAAGGGUUUCAAGAUACAUAUCGGCAAAUUCAUAUUGACAUUCCAAGAAUGUCACCGCUUAUUUCGUUGUUUCAGCAAACGACGGUACAAUUAAUAUUCGAAAGAAUACUUUAUAUUUGGGCUAUUCGUCAUCCCGCUUCGGGAUACGUUCAAGGAAUGAACGAUCUGGUGACACCUUUCUUUCUGGUAUUUUUACAAGAGGCAGUACCAAUGUCAGCAUGGCAAGACUUGGAAAAUUACGAUGUAGCAUCGUUAGAAAAAGAACAAAAGGAUAUAAUAGAAGCAGACAGUUUUUGGUGCUUGUCUAAGUUUCUGGAUGGUAUUCAAGAUAAUUAUAUCUUUGCUCAAUUAGGUAUUCAGCACAAAGUAAAUCAGUUGAAAGAGCUUAUACAAAGAAUCGAUGCUCCGUUGCAUCAACAUCUGCAUCAACACGGAGUCGAUUACUUACAGUUUUCCUUCCGAUGGAUGAAUAAUUUAUUAACAAGAGAAAUUCCUCUUCAUUGCACGAUUCGUUUAUGGGAUACAUACUUGGCGGAAUCUGAUCGAUUCGCUUCGUUUCAACUUUACGUGUGCGCUGCGUUUCUUCUUCGUUGGAGACGUCACCUUCUCUUACAACCUGAUUUUCAAGAAGUAGUGGGCUCUUAUUAUCCAUCGAUCGUUACCAGAGAACUUCAUUUGCAGUCCAUGAAUUUAAGCGUCGCUCGUGGAAUCGGGGUUGGUGUUAAUUUAGGACCAUCCGGUGGAUCCGGCACGCUGAGCGAAGAAGAACAACGAGUAAGAAUCGCCAAACGUAUAGGACUUAUACAGCAUUUACCUAUGAGAGAAUACGAUGGAUCGAAGAAAGGAGAGUGUGUAAUUUGUAUGAUGGAGCUCCAAGCGGGAGAAGAAGUGCGUUAUUUACCUUGUAUGCAUACUUAUCAUGCUGUGUGCAUCGAUGAUUGGUUGCUACGUUCUUUGACAUGCCCUUCGUGUAUGGAACCGGUAGACGCAGCAUUAAUUAGUUCGUACCACCCUACCACUUAACGCCGUAAACAUGGAAACUGGAGUAGCUAAUCGGUAAUCAAACUAUAUUAUUGCGCUAUGCAGAGCCACUGGACCGAAUUGUUAAUUUUAUUAUUGCAUAAUAUAAUGGCUUCUAACUAGCAAAGGGGCCUUCUGUCGUUAACGGCCAAUCGUAUUUGCCAUUGUAUUCAACGUAUUCGCUCGCGGGCUGAGUAAUAAUAAUACUUGUAUCGUACAAAAUUUCAAAUGUCUUCGGCAUAAGUCGUUCCCUCUUACAGGGUAAUAUUCUGCGCACGACUCGUCGGUAACGAAUAAGGUGUAUUUAUGAUCAAAAAGGGAUGGUUAUAGCGCGAUUAGUUUUUCCGCGAAAUCUAAAGUAGCUUUUCUCUUUCGUACAGCUAGCGAAGAUAUUUUGUUUUAUGCUCAAAUAAACAGAGCGAUCGAGCCAUAUAACAACGCGUUGCUAAACAUAUUUUAAGUUCAAUAAAAUAAUAUCAACUUGGCUUUGGUGGUUUUGUCGAAUGACGAUAGACGACUGUACGCAUCGCGAAUAUCAUGAGCAAUAUCAUGUAUUACGGAGUAUCAUGCUAUGUAUAUUUUUAACUAUAUAGUUGCAACCGUUUCAUGUUUCCAAAUAUCGGAAAUGUAUUUUCAGAUUAUAUCUUGUAAUUUACCAAAUCAAUUUUCUUAUUUUUCGAUACAUUGUCUCCCGUUUAAUCGUUUAACGGCUAAUCUUUCUCUGUACACUAAGAUACAAUUCUUCUCGACGUAUAAUUUAAAAGGUUGUAAAACAACGAUACUAACAUCUUUUUCUGUCUGAAUCAUUUCAUACGAAAAAGCAAUGGGCUGUUUCAGUUUCUAAUCAUAUUUUUACAUUUAUGUGUUUUUUUUUUUUUACCAAAUGUUGUAUGAAUAUUUCUUUUAUAUAUAAUAUGAUGUAUUUAUAUUAUUGAACAUUUACCAACAUCAUUUGAGUUUUAGCAGGAUACGUGUAAACACGAUAAACAUUAUACACACACACACAUGCGCGCGCGCGCGCGCGCACACACACACAAAACAUUUAUAUAUAUAUAUAUAUAUAUGCUGCAUUGUUAGCGCUUCACGUUGUAAGCAGCAACGAUGCGAUUAUUACAGUCACUAAUUCUAUGGAUUUAUUAGACUUAUCUUAUGUUAAUCUUUAAUCAUUGAUCUUACUAUUAGUAACGAUUAUUUAUCGCGAUAAAUACCUACGCGUGAGAGACUCGAUCUUUAUUUUUGUAAAAAUAUUCAAAGACGGAUGUGCAUCUUCGACUUGCCUCUAAUUCUAAUACUGAAUUUUAAUAUGAUUAAGUCUGAUAAAAGGGAAUCUCUGUAAUGGUUUAAGAUCAGCCUCCGAUACGAUACAAUCGUGUGUAGAGUUUAAAUUUUCACGUGGACGUAGGGUUCGUAAAUACAACUCUCCUGGUAAUUGAAAUAAUUAGUCAGUAACUAUUAUCGUUGUUUUUCACUAUACAUCGUUGGUACGGAUUAAACUAUUUGAUGGAUUUCGUAUAAGGAGUGUAUAAUAUUUUCUGUGAGAUUGGAAGUAUUUUAAUGUUUUACGAAAGCUUCAUGUAUAAUAUUACUGAUUUGUUUAAAGGGAAAAAUGAUGCUGUGAAAUAGUGAUUUAUUGACAAAAUACAAAUAUACAUAUAUAGUGAUUUAAUACAAAUAUAAAUAUUUAGUAACAACCAA